AUGCAAGAGAUAAAUCUAUUAUACCCUAUGUCUUUCACCAUCAUCAUCAUCAUCUAGCUAUAGGCAAAUUAAACAUAUAUCUCCACAUUCAUCCAUGGCUGCUUGUCAAGUUGUUCAAAUCUUCUCCAUCUUAUUAAUCUUGAUCCUUACGACAUGUGCCAACCACGUGAAUGGAGGAAGCCCACAGUUUGGAUACUUGGGCCCAACAAACCCCAAAAAAUGGGGGAGUCUAAGCCCAACAUACUCGGCCUGUUCCAAAGGGAAAUUUCAGUCUCCGGUCAACAUAGUGAAGUCAAAAUGUGUUUCUGGUCGACAUUUGAAGCCAUUAGACAUCGAAUAUCAUGUUUCUGUUAAUGCUACUCUUGUUGACAAUCUCUUCAAUGUCGCAAUGAAUUAUGAUGGAAAUGCAGGAGCCUUUGAGUUGAAUGGAAAAAACUAUAGUCUUGUACAAAUGCAUUGGCAUUCUCCUUCUGAGCAUCACAUCGAUGGCGUUCAGUAUGCUGCUGAGCUUCAUUUGGUUCAUAAGGCUGCUGAUGGAGGAGUAUCGGUUAUCGCUCUUCUCUACCAUUAUGGCCAUCCUGACCCUCUUUUAUCUAAGAUACAAAACAAAUUGGUGCAAUUGAAGAAGAUGGUUCAUAGCUCAUCCAGCCAACAAGCUCAAGUUGCUAUUGGGACCAUCACCACGAAACAAAUUAGGAAACACACACGCAAGUAUUACCGAUAUGUGGGUUCUUUUUCUACACCACCAUGUACCGAAGGAGUUAUUUGGAACAUUCUUGGCAAGGUGAGGUCCAUUUCACGAGAACAAGUAGCAGAAUUAAAAGCACCGUUGAUUUGGGAAUGCAAGAGCAACUCAAGACCCGUUCAACCAUUAAAUGGAAGAAAAAUAGAGAUGUAUGAUGACCAAAUGGGCCACUUUUAAUUGAAUAAAAGUAUGUAAAACUUGCCCACAUUUGUGACUCGAGUUUCUACUACUGUAUUAAUUUUGAUAUUUGUCCA